UGCCGAGCAAUACGCAAACACUGCAGAAGUAUAUAGAAGUUCGCUUUUACAGCAGAAACACGUAUAUGAAUCGUAGUUCGGCCCUCUUGUAGAAAACAUAUUGACGCACAGGCGGAGAUUCUAAGGCUAAGACUGCGCAUCAAGAUGCCACCCAUCGUCGAGGUUUGCCCGACUUUCUCAUGGCAGCAGAUCACCUCCUGGAUCGUGGUGCAAGCCCUGCAGUCCUGCUACAGGCCCCUCAAUUGGCUGGGUUCCAUCGUCGAAUGGACCAUCAACUUCUUUCUCCUCAACGGCGGGCUCUUCCGUCUGCUCUUCAAACUGUUCACCUUCCAAUGGGGUCGCAUCAUAUUACCCGAUCCGACCGCGGACAACUUCUUGAGCUGCGUGGGGGCGCUGGAUCCCCGUUGCGACUUGUACGUGGACACGUCGAGACCGGGCAAGGCUUCCAGCACUCGAGCAGACGGAGUAGUUUUCCCAGAUGAGAACGUUGGCUCGCGAUCCACCGCGGAUGUAUGCGUCAUGGCGGCAAAGCUGGCAUACGAGAAUCCAGCUGUUGUCAAGCGAGUGGUAAAAGACAUCUGGAAGAUGAAUUUCGUCAAGUUUUACGAAUGCUGGAACGAGCACCAGCAGAUGGACAAUACGCAGGCAUUCAUCUUCACCGACAAGCCCAAAGACGCGAACGCCGUCGUGGUGGCCUUCCGCGGUACGGAAGCAUUCAAUGCGUACGACUGGAGCACCGAUCUGGACUUCACUUGGGUGAAACUGGAUCGCCUGGGCGGCGUCCACCUGGGGUUCCUCGAAGCGGUAGGGCUCGCCAGUCGCAAACAUCGCGAUACGAUUGAGAGGCUGAACACGAAUGCAAUUGCAUCAAGCGAAGCGACCAAAGCGCAAGAACAAGCCGAGGCAACUGCUACCCGUACCCCCGUCACCCCGCAUCGCCGAUCCAAAGAGGAAAUCGAAAAAGCCCCCCCAACCUCCGGCCUCGCCCAAGGCAUCAUUGACGAUCCUGCCAAGGAGCUCGCGUACGACGCCAUUACGAAACGGGUGGGGCUUAUCCUCAAGGAAAAUCCCAGGGCCAAGCUCUUCAUCACGGGACACUCUCUGGGAGGCGCACUCGCCGCCCUCUACGCCACGAUGCUCCACUACACCGGCCAGACCGAGAUUGCCUCCAAGAUCGGAGCCGUCUACACCUUCGGCCAGCCUCGUGUCGGCGACCAGGACUUCGUCAACUACGCGAACUCCAAGCUCAAGGGCAAAUUCUUCCGCGUCGUCUACUGCAACGAUGUGGUUCCUCGAGUCCCGUUCGACGACAUCGUCAUGGCUUACAAGCACAUCGGCGACUGUAACUAUUUCAACAGCGUGUACGACGGAAUCACUGUUGAGGAAGUACCCAACCGGAACUUCUUCGGCAUCGCCAGGAUGAUCACCAUGCACCUGAACGCAGUGUGGGAGAUUGUCCAAGGCUUGUUCUUGAUCACUCUCCAGUACGGCAAGCAGUACGCGGAGUCGAUGAUGAGUCUGCUGUUCCGCAUGCUGGGAUUGGUGUUUCCCGGGGUCUCCGCGCACAGUCCAUGCAAUUAUGUGAAUUCGGUGCGUUUAGGGCCGUUCCCGCUCAGAGAGCGCAUCCUAGGUGACGUUGCUGACAUUUCGCAGGAGAUUGCCUUGAUGAACGACAACGUGAAGGACAUCCUGUAUAGCAUUUUGCAGGUGUUUUUCGGGAAGAAAGUUCGCGAUUUCGGUCCAAAGCGGCUGUUUCUUGCCUGAACCUGCAUGUCGUCGCACUGGCUGCCCUAGUAUGCAUGCAUGCAGGUCUAAGUAAAUCCGUGGCCGUCGAUAAGAAGUUUGAAGCAAACGAGAACUUGUAAUCGAAGAGUUUGUGUGUGUGUGUGUGUAUAUAAAUAUAUGCAUAUAUAUGUAUCUGUUUAUCUUUACAUAUAUCUGGCUGUGAUUGAGUGCGCACGUGGGCACAUUUUACAUCCUCCUUUAACCCCGCGACUGAUCAACGAUUCGAGAUGCGAGUUGAGAGUGGGGUACAUCGUAAUCGGAACGAGCUCAGGAAACGGAAGGAGUAGUGAAAUUUGCAGUCAUAUGUGGACCAAGCAAGUGGGGGUUUACAAAUCUAGUUUUACCCGCAGUGAGUGAUUCCAGCAACAAUGUUUUGAUGAGAAAUUAUAUCUAAUAUAUUAUUUGUAUUUCACAAUU